AUGAGUCACCCAAUCAGUCAAUCGCAUGAACAAGCAAUUUAUUUGCAGGCAUUCUUCGGUGGAAUGUUAGGCGUGGCGUUCAUAGCCAGACUGCCGUCGAUGGUGAACUGGGUGAUGGCCCGCGGUAUCCAGCGUGCCACCUUCCUCCACAAGGGUGAGAUUGAUGGCCCGGGCGCGUACCCUUUCUCUGUCAUCACCAAAUCCCCAUUCAACAAAGGCCAGAGCGCAAAACCCAACGUAUUCAAGCGUUUCACUGUGUGGCUGGCACCCACAGCCAACACUCCCCUUCCAGGCAUAUCCCUCACUGCUGGCCAGGCCUUUGUCUUUGCGCUCGCCACGGCUGCGUCUCUCUUUGUCUUUGCGUAUGGCCCAACGAACCCCAUCAAAGAACCCAACAGAGCUGGCUGGGCUGCUGUCGCUGUAACACCCGCUGUCACCGCCCUCUCUUUCAAGAAUUCCAUUGUCGGCACUAUGGGCGGCUGGGGAUACGAGAAGCUCAACAAGCUCCACAGGCUAUUAGGUAGGCUUUGCGUCUUGUUUGCUCUCCUCCACACGGCCGGCUACGCCCACAAGAGCACUCUAAAUGGUUCUACCGCAGCCACUCUCAAAACGCCCCUCUACCAAUCUGGCAUUCUCGCCAUGGUCGGUCUUCUACUCACCGCCGUUCUGUCUGUCCCCUGGUGUCGCACCAACUUCUACAACCUCUUCUGGCACUCCCACUGGCUCGGCUACUGGAUCUACCUCAUCGCCAUCAUGAUCCACUGGAAGCAGACGCAGCCAUUCAUUAUCCCUUGCAUCGUCUUCUACGGCGUUGACUGCAUUAUGCGUUUCUGCAGAUCCCGUUCUCGUCUCGCGGAGAUUACUCCCCACCCGGCAGCCGGCUACACAACGAUAACAAUCCCCGACUUGCGCGGUGGCUGGGAAGCAGGUCAGCACGUCUACCUGCGCGUUCAGGAGCUAGGCGGCAAGUUGUUUGGAUUGGGUAAUUUGAUAGAGAAGCACCCGAUCUCCAUAGCAAGUGCGAUAGGUGGCAGUGACGGGCUGCGUUUGAUCAUACGCAGCAAUGGCGACUGGAGCAGCCGCGUGCUGGCACUAGCGCAGCGCAAGCAGAACGAAAUCACAUACGGGACGCACGAGGUAGGGCCUGAGAAAGCAGGUCACGACAGCGUCCCCACCGCUGCAGUUACCGUCGAGGGCCCUUACGGUGGUCCGCUCUAUACGUCUUUCGGGAAGAACGGCCAUGUGCUCUUUGUGGCGGCGGGAUCAGGUCUCGCGUUCGUGCUUGCGUGUGCGGAAGACCUCGUUAAGCAGAGCAGAGGCGGUCACGCACGUGCUACUACUUGCCAGGUCAUUUGGAUAGUCAGGGAUGUCGCUACGUAUCAAGUCUUCCACGAGGAACUUAUGACGCUCCUCGUCGCUGCCUCCCUCGUUCCGCUCGACCUCACCGUUAAGGUCUUCAUCACUCGCCACGGUAACGCCGCCGGCGUAUCGAGCGAUGACCUCACUUACCUCCUCCCCCAUAGAGACGGAGAGAUUCUCGCCAAGAGACCCUCUAUCGCCGCUAUAAUCGAAGAUGCUGUCUUUAUGGCUAAAGAUAGACACUGCACGUAUGGCAUGGUCGUCGGUAUUUGUGGUCCUCCCUCCACGGUCAGAUCGUGCAGAGCUGCCAUCGGCGGUAUCGAUCCGAGGUAUCUCAAGGAAAUCGGUGGUCUGUCUCAACAUUGUGAGACUUUCGGCUGGUAA